AUGGUACUCAGUCUGCUGGCUUACCGUCUUCUACCUCUUAGCCCUCCUCCGGCGAGACCCACGGGUGUAGCUAUUCGCCGCCUCACACCGGGAUUGGCUGGCUCUGUUGCCCAGAUUCGUUUAUGGGGAUCUUCUUCACCGGUGGUUCUCUGGACGAGCUUCUCUGUCGCAGGCGAGAGGGCUCUGCGUCUAUGUUGCAAGCAAUCUUCAGCUCAUUGGUCUCAAGAUCUAUCUAUAUGGUUGUUAGACAAUCUUCAUUGUCUAUGUUGCAAGCAAUCUUCAGCUCAUUGGUCUCAAGAUCUAUCUAUAUGGGCUGAAGAAGUGAUAGAUGCAGCUGAUUUAGUCUCGGAAAAGCACAGUUUUCAUCCAUUCCCUUGUGAUUUUUCUAUUUGUGGAUUUCUCAAGUGGUUGUCCUAUGAUCCUUGCAGGGAAGUUAUUCUGCAAAAGCAGGACAUUUGUCUUUCAGAUGUUGAAGACAAGAGAGUGGCAGGGUUAAAUGAUUUUUCUUCUUUGAAGGAAUGUAAAUGCUGCCUUGGUGGGGGUGGAUUUUGUGACCUUGUUAUCCAUGCUGUCGGCAUUACCACUUCACAGGAUGCCAACAUCAAUUGCAGCAUGUUUCACUGUAUUGAAACCUGGUGGCCUACUUCUAUUCAGAGAUUAUGUAGAAGCUGUUCUUUCAUGGUAUCAGAGCUUCAAGACCAACUAACAAUGGCAACUUCUCCGUCAACAGCCGUUCCACUUGAUUCUACAGCAGCAAUGAAAUCCAUACAUCAGAGUCCAAUAUUCUUACUCUCAAAUAUGUCAAAUCUUAUUUCGAUUAAAUUGGAUUCUUCAAAUUUCAUUUUGUGGAAAUAUCAUAUUACAUCAAUUCUUCGUGCUUAUGAUCUCCUAGGGAUUAUAGUUGGAUCCAAACCAUGUCCCACACAAUUUCUUUGUGAUGAUAAAGGCGAAAUCACAGAUGCAGAGAAUCCAGAUUUUCAUCAGUGGAAUGUUAUGGAUCAAGGGUUGAUCACGCUAAUCAAUUCCACUUUAUCUUCAUCAGCUUUGGCUUUGGUGAUUGGACAGACCUCAUCACAAGGAGUCUAGCACACUCUCGAACGAAGGUUCUCUUCUUUGUCUAGGUAACACAUUUUGAGUCCUAGAACAGGGCUUCAUAACGUCAAGAAAUGAUCUAAUUCAAUAGAUGUUUAUCUUCAA